CUCAGGCGGAAGUUACAUCGUGACCAAUUCAAUCCAAAGUGACCGACUCGGAGUCGUGGUCCACGGCCUAUAUCAGUCGGUCCCUCCCUCAAGUUCAACAAUUCAUUCUCGUCCCCCCUGUCCUCUCGCAUCCCAACCAUCAACAAUGGAAGAGGCACGAGUCGGUGAAAAUUGGGGAUUUGGGAAUCUUGGUGGCCGGACAUACACCAUCAGGCGGCAGCGGCAGCGCACUCCUCCUCCUCCGCCUUCUCCUGGCUUGGAGGAUCCAGAACCACAUCCAGAUGGGUCGGAAGAAGGAGAAAGUAGCAGUGGAGAAGGGGAAUUCCAAGGACCUGUCAACAUACGUGCUUAUGGAGCUGCGCUUUGGGCGCUGCUGCAGCAGCAAGGCAAGCGUGGUCGUGUCACCGCCUCCAGCGACGCCGACAUCCUGCGCCUGCUGCAUGAGGUGACACCCGCCGGCUCCGGCUGCUGCAGCUCCGAUUGCUGCGCCAUCUGCCUGGAGGAUUUCGAUGAUGCCGCCGCCGCUGAUCCGCUGUCCCUAAGGGCCAUGCCAAGCUGCUCCCACGUCUUUCACAAACACUGCAUCCUCAAGUGGCUCCGCCUCAACGCCGUCUGCCCCGUCUGCCGCUGCCAGCUUCCCACAGAGGAUGAAGAUGAUGAGGAAGAGGCGAGGAGGUCCUCCAGCAGGAGGAGGAGGAGCACUGACCCUGACCUCGACGCCUGGCUUGCACUCGUCGCCCAGGCAAGAGAGAGGCAGAGGCACAACUAACCAGUGGAUGCACGGCCAGUGGCAAUGGCAAUGGCAAAUAGUUGUAUAUGUCUUUGUUUAAUCUAUGUGCAGUAGCAAAUAGUUGUAUGAUAAUAAAAUAAUCAAAAGAGCCGUCAGAUCCGAUGAUCUUGUUUUAUCUCCUCCGAUCCAUCUUAUUCAGUAUAAUGUAAUGAAAGUAUAGAUACAGUAUUUUCAAUCUCAGCUACUGUCCUAGAU